AUGGGAGGCAAGAGCUCCAGACAAGCCCGUUCAGCCACCUUCUCGGACGAGGCUUUCGCUCAGAGCCGACUCACCAACGCCAAGAAGGAGACUCCCACCGAUUUGAACCUUGGCAAGAAGAAGGAUGUUGUGUUGUCCAAGGAGGUUAUCGAUUUCAACCUGGGCGAGGAGCCCUGUCCUCUCAACGAGAUCGUGCGGGACCAGUUCACCAUAACCAACGAGUCGGGGAAGAAGAUCAAGUUCCGCUUCGACCCCAUCCCCUCGGCGUCGUGCAAGCUCAGCUUCGAGCCCGCUUCGGGUACCAUCGACGGAGGCAAGAAGAACGUCAAGAAAAUUGGCGUGAAGAUGGUCCUCCUCAUGCCCGAGAGCCUCAACUUUCGAGGCGUCUACGGCGCCGAUCCCAUGGCCCUCGAGAUUGCCGAGGACUGUGGGUUCGAGGUGCCAGUGGUCCUCAAGUCAAUGCGAGAGGCCCUGGUGGAUCAGGAUGCCCUCUCCCAAGAGGGCAUCUUCCGUUUGGCGGGCGAUCAAAACGAAAUGAAGCGAAUCAAGGGCGACAUGAAUCGCACCAAGACCUUCGACGCCAAGGAUGCCGACAUGAACACGAUCGCCAACUUACUCAAGGUGUGGUUCCGUGAGCUGCCGGUGCCGAUUUUGAAUGCGCUGCCCACGGAGGUGAUCUUCCACAGCGGGGACCCCAACGUCUGCAUCGACGCCUACGAGGGGCUGCAGGAGCCCCAGAAAUCCCUUCUUGGCUGGCUCCUGCAUUUGAUGGCCGACGUCGCCGCACUCAAGGCGCACAACAAGAUGAGCGAACAGAACCUUGGAUCCGACCCCAUGGAAGGUCUUGUCAUGUCGCAGAAGGCCGUGCAGUUCCUGCACAACCUCAUCCUCAACGAGAUCGAACUCAGACACGCCGAACAGCGAGGUGACGAGUAA